AUGAGUGUUUAUCAUUUAUAUAAUAAUAUAAUACCUAGUAAGUCAAUACGAACAGCAGUAUGUACAAACAUUAAAGGAAAUCAAAAAAAAUAUUUAAUAUAUGCAUGUAAUAAUUAUAUAAAUGUAUGUACUGUAGAUAAAAAUGGAUAUACAGAUGAUUAUUCAAAUCAUUCCGUUUUUUGUGAAAUAUUAGAACUACGAGAAUAUGUUCCAGAAAAAUUGAUAGAUAAAGAAAGGGAAGAGAAUGAAAGAAAAUUAGCUAAACAAACAAAAAAAAUAAAAAAAAAAGAAAAAGAUAAAUUACGAGAAAAAGUAAAAUCCUACUUAUUUGUAUUAACAAAAAAAUAUAACUUAUUAUUAUUAGAAUUUAAUUUAAAAACGAAAGAUUUUAUUACAUUAAAUAGUAUUAAUUUAUCAGAAAUAAAUGGAAUGAAUAUUGAAGAAGAUAUAACAUUUUUAUUGGAUGAAAGACAUCGAACUAUAUUAUUUUAUGGAUAUAAAAAUAUUUUAAAAUAUAUAUGUUUAGAUUAUGAUGAUUAUUUAAAUUUAUCACAUCUAUAUACAUUGAGAUUAGAUGAAAGACUAAUUAUUGAUAUGGCUUUCCUAAAAAAUGAUGACCAUAGAAUAUAUAAUAAUACUAUGUUUAAAGAUAAUAAGUCUGCAUCUAAAAAAGGUGUAGAGAAUAAUCCGGUUCAUAUUUACGAUGAAGAAUGUGAAAAAAUAGAUUUGCAUGCACAAGAUGGAGUCAAUAGCAAUUUUAAUAAAAAAGGGAGUCUAAAUUUAGAAGGCCCAUUAAAAUCGGAGUAUAAUACAGAUUAUCAAAAUAAAAAUAAAAAAUAUAGCACUAACAAUAUUAAUGAUAGUAGUUCUAGAUGUAAAUCAGGUGAAUCAAAACAAUGGUCCUUUGUUAAAAAAGAAGAAACAGAAAAGGAAAGUGAUAACGAAAAUUAUAAUAAUGAUAUAAAAAAAAAGUUAGCAGAUUCUGAUGGUGAAAAUAAUGGAAAAAAUGAAAUUGAUAAAUAUAUAUCAGAAUCAAAAUGGAGAAACAAAAGAAAUAAUGUAGAUGCAACAAUUUGUAUAUUAUAUGAUUCUAAAAAUAAGGAUUCAUAUAUAUAUGAAAGAUAUAUAAGAUUAAUUCCAAUUAAUAAUCGAAAUGAAAAUCAACCAAAUUAUGAAAUAUCUAAUAAAUAUCGAACAAAUACAAACAAAUAUAAUAAUACAAUGUCUACCCAUUUUGUAGAUAAUGAUAAUAUAAAUAGUACAAGUAGUAAUGAUAAUUAUCAGAAAUAUAGUGAAAAAGAAAAUUUGAUUUUACCUAAUUAUUAUAAAGCUCUUAUGGUAGAUUCAAGUAUUAAUAAAAUAGUUUGUUUAAAAAAAAAUAGAAUACUUUUAAUAGGAUUUCAAUUUAUAAAUUUUAUAAAUUUUGAAAGUAAUCAAGAUAAAAACUUUUUUUUAAGUUCAGAAUUAAGAACAAUUAGAUGUGUUGAACAGUUAGGAAAAAAUAAAUUUAUACUUGCAGAUGAUUAUGGAGAUAUUUUUAUUUUGUCUUGUUUAUCAACAUUUGGUAAUAAUUCACAUAUGGUGAGAUGCUCCCAAAAUAAUGAUAAUAACUAUAGUAGUGACAUAAUGAAUUGCAUAAAUCCGAUUGAUAAUGGUCAUAAUAUUAAAGAAAAAACAAAUUUUAAUUUCAAACGUAGUAAAGAAAAACGGAAUAGUAUUGAUGUAUGUACAAAUUUAGGGAUUUUUGGAUAUUCAGAUGUAGAAUCCAUUAAUCUUCAAUUUAUUGGAACCUGUUCGAGAUCUAAUAUUAUAGUUUCUAUUUAUUCAGAUAUAAUAUUUUUAGGUUCUCAAGUAAGUGACAGUUAUUUAUUACGAAUGCAUAAUUAUCCUGUAAAUAGUAAUACAAAUUCUAGCUUUGUUGGGAAUGCAUCUAACAAUUUUUCACUAAAUCCUAGUGAUACAAUUUUUCAAACAAAUGAAAAAUAUUAUGGUAAUUUAUAUAUAGACAAUUUAAAUAAUGAUAAUAUAAAUACAAUUCAAAAUGAAUUUAAAAAUAAUUUGAAUGGAAAUAUAGAAGAAGAAAAGAAAUUUUAUAUAGAAAUUUUAUCAUUUAUACAAAAUAUGGGACCGAUUUUAGAUUUCUGUUUAAUUGAAAAUAAGAAUGAAGAAAGAGAAAUAGUGACAUGUAAUAGUUAUGGAAGAACUGGUUGUAUAUCUAUCAUACGUAAUGGAUUAAAAACAAAUAUAAUUUCAAAAUUAGAUUUUGAUAAAAUUACAAAUAUAUUUUCAGUAAAAUAUAUUAUAUAUUUAAAAAAAUGUGAUUCUAAUGUUGAUGAUAAAGAAAAUAAUGAGAAUAGACAAGGUAAAUCCGUAAAAUCAAAAGAACCAUUUCAAUUUAAAGUAUUUGCAACAUUAAAUAAUAAAAAACAUGUUGAAAUUAAAGAUAUAGAUUUAUCUUUUUUAAAUAAAUAUUUUUUUGAAAAUGAAAAUGAUAUAAAUGUUUUGAAAUAUUCCAAUUUUAUAUAUUUUCACAUUUUUAUUAUUUGUUUAUCAUAUGGUUUUCACACAAAAAUUAUUGGGGUAUGUAUCGAUAGAGAACGUGAAAAAAAUUCAAACACAUCAAAUAAAAAUGGGAAGGAUAGAAAUGGUUCUGUUUUUAAUGGAUUUUAUCCAGGUUCAGAAGAAGAAAAUUAUAAAAAAGAAAAUCAGAAUGAAGUAUUAUUAUGUGAAUAUGAAAAUACAGAUAUCGAAUUAAAUGUAAAUACAAUAUAUUUUAAUAUAAUGAGUAAUUAUCCAUAUAUUGUUCAAGUAACUAAUGAAUGUAUAAAUUUAUUUUGUUGUUUAUCAAUGAAGUUGGUUUAUAAAUUAAAGUUUAACUUUAUUUGUAAAUUUUUUUUAUAUAAAGAUUAUUUUUAUAUAUAUUCUGAAGAUAGUAUAAAAGUAUAUACAAUUUAUGAUAAGGUUCUUAUUUUUGUGUAUGAAUAUAAAUUUGAUAAAGCAAUUACUUCGGUUCAUAUAUAUAAGGGAUUUAUAUUGGCAUGUGUUUUUAAUAAUAAGGAGGUGGUUUUAUUUAAUAUUUAUAAUAAGCUUCUAACUGAAAUGAAGAACAAAGUAAUAAGCAAUAAACAAGAUGCCAACAUAGAUGAAUUAAAAGGUAGUGAGCAUGAUCAAAAAAAUGUAACUAUAUUUACACAAGUUUGUCAUUACAUCCCAGAACAAAGCUUCUUCAUAUUUAUCUCUGAUAUCAGAAUAGUUGAGUUUAAUGAUAAUUUGUAUUUAUUUAUUGGAUAUAGUAAUGGUGAUUUAGAAUAUUUUUUGCUACGAACCCAUUGUGAAGUUGGAAGUGUUAAAAAAAUAAAAACAGAGAAAGGAAAAAAAAUGCGGAAAAUUAGACAAUCAUAUGAUAUUUUUAAAGGUGAAGAAAAGGAUUUAAAUAAAAAAACUAAUGUACCUAAACAUUCUUUAAAUGCACAAAACAGAAAAAUAAAUUGUGAAGAAGUUAUUAUAGAUCCUGACUGUUCAGGUGAUAAUCAUAGUAAAGAUAAAUCUGAAGUACCAUCCCAAAAUGAUAACGAAAUAGAUUCACAAACUGGUAAUGUUUUAAAAAUGGAAAGAAAUCAUAAUGAAUGUGAAGAAAGUGAAAGUAGCUUGAGAGAUGAUAAUUCAAGCUCAAGUUCAAACAAAACAUUUGUUGAAAUAAAUAAAAAAUAUGAAGAAAGAAAAAAAAAAUAUUUAAAUAUUUUAAAAAUACAUAAGAAAUUUUUAAAAAAAAAAGAAGGAUCACUAAAAUGUAUAUAUCAAAAAAAUGAAGAUUUAAAUUGUGGUAUGAAUUAUAAAAUAAAUAAAAAUCAAAAUAAAAUAAUUAAUGAUAUUGAAAAAGAAAAGAAAUUAAAAAAGUCUAAAAUAAAAAUGUUAAAAUAUUUAUCAAAAAAUUAUAUAAAUAUAUUUAAUUAUUUUAAUUUUUCAAAAGAGCAAUUUAAAAAUAUAUAUGAUUUACAUAAUCUAUGUGCACAAGAUAUGGAUCAAAUAAAAAUAGAAUCAAAAUUAUUUUACAAUAUAAAUAUAAAUUCAAAAAAUUUUAUUAGCAUUGAUAAAUUCCUAAAGACUGAACAUACUUAUGCCAAUGUAGACAAUGCUAGCGAUACAAUGUGUAAUAGUUACAAUCGUUGUGAUAAAAAUAAGAAUACAUAUAUAGACCUGAUAAAUGAAAAAAUAAGUUAUAAUUCGAAAAAUCAAAGUGAAUCUUCAAAAUAUGAUGUAUCCUCAAGUGAUAUAAAAAAUGCUCAUGAUGAUAUAAUGAGUGAAGAAAGUUCAGGAUCUUUGAUAAAAAAAACAAAGAAAUAUAAUUUUUUUUCUAAUUUAUGGAAUACAGAAAGUAAAAAUACUAGUGAUAAAGAUAUAUCAUCACAUCAUAGAAAAAAAGCCAAUUUGAAUUGGAGUAGUAGUGAUAUUAUAAAUGAUAAUACUGGGAAGGGGACUGAAAAGGAAUCAAAUCAUAUUACUCUAAAUAAAAAACGGAUGAAUUAUUUUUUUAAUUUUUAUCAGGUUUAUGGAUUAGAAUCUGAUGAUUCUACUAUAAAUUUUUGCACUUUUAAAAGGAAAAAAUUAAAAAAAAAAGAAAAUUCUGAAAAAAAAAAAAAAAAAAAAAAAAAAUAUAAGAAUAGUCAAAAUUUUAAUAAAAUAAUUGAUAGUGAUACAUAUGAAGAAAACUAUUCAGACAUAGAAAGUGAACUUAUUUAUCAUUCAUCUUUUAGUUUUUCUUCUAAUGGAAGUGUAAAAAAUAAUACAAAAAAAAAACUUCCUCCUCAUAUUUUAAAAAAAUCAAGAAUGAGCCAUCAUAAUAAUAGUGACAGUUGUAGUGAGUUAGAUAGUGUGUCAUCAUUUUUAGGUGAUAGUAAAAAAAGUGAAAAAGAAAAUGAAAAUUUAAAAAAUGCAAUUGACAUUUUAAUGAAUUACAAUAAGAAUUAUAAUUCAGAUGAACAAGAAGAAAACAAAACAUAUCAAAAUAGUUUCAACAAUAAUGAUAAUACAAAUAAACGAAAAAGAGAAAUUUCAAUGCAAAAUUUAGAUAGUGAAAAAAAUAAUGUUUAUAAUUUUAGUGAUGAAAAAAUAAAAUCUGAAAUAUUUCCUAGAAAGACUAAUAAAAUUAGUUUAGGGAUAGAGACGAUGGAAAAAAUAUUAGUUGAAAGUAUAGAACGAAAUAAAAUAAAUCCAAAUGAAGAUAUAAAAAAUAAAGGAAAUAAAAGAUUAGCCACCAAAUUAAAGAAUACAAUUUUUUAUAAUAAACAUAAUAAAUGGGAGAAUAAAAAAGGUGACCAAAAUAUUUCACAAACACUUAGUUCAAGUGAAAACUCUUCAUCAUGUUUACAUGAUUUAAAUAAUAUAUUUUUUGAUCAAAAAGUAUAUUUAAAAAAAUAUAUUAUUAAGGGUGGUAAUAUAUUAUUAACAAAUAGACGUAAAAUAAAUGUGUGUAGAUCUGCAAUAAAAUUUAAACAAUUUAGUAAACUUUGUUCAGAAAAAAAUAAAAUUGAUAUAAAUAAUAAUAAUAAUACAUAUGUAAAAAAAUCAAAUUUUCUUUUUAUUUGUUCUGAUAAUCCUAUAAUAAUAUAUUCUGAUAUAAAAAAAAAAAUAUCUUUAUCAAAAGUUUCUAUAAAAAAUAUAUUUUUAGUAGAUAUAUUUAAUGACUUUGACUAUUUAAAUCCAUUUCAUAAUUUUAACAGUUUUAAAAAAAAAAAUCAAAAUAAUUUAUAUUUUAUAUUUUUUGAUGGAUUAUCUUUAUAUAUAUCACAUUUAAAUGAAAUUAAUGAAACAUAUAUACAAAAAAUCCCAUUUUAUAGAACCGUUGAAAAAAUUGCUUAUCAUAAAGAGAGUGGGUUAUUGAUAACUUCAUGUCCUCCUGAAGAAAAACAUAAAACUAAUAAAAAUUUAAAACAAAUUAUUUGUUUUUUUAACCCUCAUCAAAAUUCAUUUAAAUAUUCUUAUAUUAUUCCGUCAAAAUAUAAUGUAUCAAGUAUAUGUGUAUAUCAAAUUAAUAGAGAUAUAUAUCCAAACAAAAGUAAUAUUAACACAUUAAUAUGUGUCGGUACAGCUAAUAUUAAUGAUAGAGUUUCAGAGCCAUCUUCUGGUCAUAUUUAUAUUUUUUUUGCAAAAAAAAAAGCAAACUUAUUUGAAAUUAAGCAUAUAUAUACACACAAUGUUAAUGUUGGUGGUAUUACACACCUCAAACAAUUUUAUGAUAAGUUAAUUACGACAAUCAACAAUACGGUGGUCAUAUUAGAUAUUAGCGAAUUCCUCAUUAAUUUAGACAAAUACGUAGAUAAUACAAACAAGCCAGUGAAACUCGAAAAUGAUGGUACGAUUGUGGAUGUAGCAUCCUUUACACCCAGUUCCUGGAUCAUGAGUCUUGACGUGAUAGAAAAUUAUAUUGUGGUUGGAGAUAUAAUGACAUCUGUAACUAUACUAUCCUAUGACUUUAACAAUUCAAUUCUAACUGAAGUUUGUAGAGACUAUUCCAAUGUGUGGUGCACGUUCGUUUGCGCACUGUCAAAAAGUCACUUUUUAGUGUCUGACAUGGAAUCCAAUUUUCUUGUGUUUCAAAAGUCAAGCAUAAAAUAUAACGAUGAAGAUUCCUUUAAGUUAUCGAGAGUAGCAUUAUUCAACCAUGGACAUGUUGUCAAUAAGAUGCUCCCCGUUUCGUUAUCUAGUCUAAUUGAAGAAGAAGAACCACAAAAUGAGAUUUUACGAAAAAAAGAAAGUAUUUUAUGUGCAUCGAGCGAAGGAGCAAUUAGUUCAAUAAUACCAUUUUCAAAUUUGACAAAUUUCAAAAAAGCUUUAUGUAUUGAAAUAGCAUUGAAUGAUAGUUUAUCAUCUAUUGGAAAUAUAAAUGACAAUUCUAAUAAUACAUAUAAAAUGAAUUUGUCUGAAAAAUCAUGUAAAGGGGUUGUAGAUGGGGAUGUAUUUAAAAUGUUUUUUUCGAUGCCUUUUGAAAAGCAAUUUAAAGCAUAUAUUUAUGCAAAAUGGAUUGCAAAAAAAUUAAAUUGUAAAUUUGGAACCUUUGAAAAUUUUAUGUUAGACAUUGAAAAUUUGUGUAGCUUUUUAUGA